AUGGCAGAAAGAAUGCUAUUCUUGGAAAAGUUGAAAAAAGCGGCCAGUAAAAAUAAAGAAAAUGAGGAUCAACAUGAUUUAACGAAUAGUGAACAAGAAGGCAAUAAUUCAGAAGAAAAUAAGUUGGUUUCGCGACAAAGAUCACCAUCUACAUCGUCUUCAUCGUCAUCCUCGUCUUCUAGCUCAUCUUCCUGCUCGUCUUCGACUGCAGUAGAAAGUAAUUUACAAAUAGAAGCUGAACCAAAAACUAUCGAAUUGACCAAUAUUAAUGAUGAAAGUGAAGAAGAUAAGGAAGAAAAAGAUUUUUCAUCAGAUGAUAGUAUCGCAGAUCCUCAUUAUCAGAUUGAAAAGAAUGAUUUAUCGUCAGAUUCGGAUGAAACAGUAGAACAGAAUGAAGAAGAAAAUAUUUCACAUACGCGAAAAGAAUAUAUUGAUGGAAGUAAGACUAUUGCAGAUAUUUAUAGAGAUUAUGUGAAACAAUGUGAAGAGAAAAGAGAAACAAGUGCUAAUUAUAUCAUGUUUAAUAGAAUAUUUAAUGGAGAAUUUAAUAUAGCAUUUUACCAACCUAAGAAGGAUCAGUGUGAGGACUGUGUUGCCUAUAAUAACGCAACUGGAGAAGAUAAAAACCGACUGAAGCCGAAAUAUGAAAACCAUCUAAAAGAAAAAGAGCUAUCAAGAAUAGAGAAGGCAAAAGACAAGUCAGACGCAGAAGAUAAAGAAUCAACUAUAGUAGCGGUUUAUGACUUACAGGCUGUGAUGCCAUGUCCUAGGGGAGAUGUGUCAAAUUUCUACUAUGUUUCAAAGGAAAAGAGGCCGUACCAGAACAGCUUGGCGUCGCUCAGUAAAGCAGGAACUGGGCGUCUUGAGCACGACGUGGAAGGUGGUAGAACAUGCUACCCAAGACCGAUGCAAAUGGAAGAAUUUCAUUCGAGCCCUACACCCCAGCAGAAGAUAAUAGGAAAAAAGAAGAAGAAGAUGCGGGACUUGAACACCGAUUUCAUCAAGACUACACUUUAA